CUUAAAUUUAAAUUAGAAAACGGGCUGGGCCUAAUGCUUGCCGCAUGCACAUAAAACAGUUUUACUACUAUUAAUAUUCAAGUUAAGUAUUAACAACAAGAGUAGUGUUUGAAGUAUUAACAAGAGACCGUAGUAAUUUGUUUGAUCAUACCCAACCAGACUUGUGAUUAUGGAGCGCAGAAUAAGAGAGAGAGAGGCCAAGAAGCAGAAGUCAGAAAGAGGCAACCGUCAGGUUCUUGGAGAUAUUGGCAAUCUUGAAGGGAAUCAAACUUCACGACCCAACACAACGAACUUCCAUUCAAAACAAUUGGCAAAUGCACAAACUGCAGCAAACCUGAUACCAGGGUUACAAGUGCCAACUAAUCACCAAGGAGUUGCACAAGGAGAUCAAAAUGUUGGUGAAGAUCGGACCGAUGAGCCAAAACCUGAGCCUAUGGACGUGUCUUCUGAAUCAGGAGAAAAACAAGAUUUUGCUCCUAAAAAAAAGCGAAGAUCUUCUGUGAAGGCUGCGACUCUGAAUUCAGCACCUAUAACAGAAAGCAAGAGUGCUAGCAGAAUCUUGAUUGAGCCCGAGGUUCAGCCUUCUGACUUGGCUACCAGAAUCUCAAUCGAACCUGAGGAUCAGCCUUCUGACUCGGCUAGCAGCAUCUCGAUUGAACUCAAGGAUCAGCCUCUUGACUUGGAUGGAGAUGAUGCAACUAAUAAUUUGGCAGCAUUUGAAUAUACUGAUGAACUAUACAAUUUCUACAAGCUAACAGAAGAAGAAAGCCAAAUUUAUGAUUACAUGGAAUCACAGCCAGAAAUCAAUAUGAAAAUGAGGACUAUUCUUGUGGACUGGCUUUUUUUGAUUUAUUUUCAUUUUUAAUUUAAG